CUGAGGCUGGAGCAGCGCAGCCGGGGCUGACAUUCACAUUGAGAGAGGGGCCGGAGCGCACGGACCCCGGACGGUCUGCCGAUAUCUUAAAUAUCCCCCCCCCUCACCUCACUGUAGACUAGUUUCUACAGCUUCUUCAUCCCGAGAGCGUGAGAGAGAAAGAGUCCCGUAAAUUCUGCAGAAACUCGGAUAAAUUCGUUGUUUGCUGCGUUUUGACGAGAGGUCGCUCACUUCGUGCGCAACAACUCCUCCGGAGCUCCGUUUGGAUUAUUCAGCGGACGUUGUUGUUUUGGUUUGGUUUUUUUUCGGGGACAAAACACAUCUUCACUCGUCCCACACACCCACACACACACACACACACACACACACACACACACACACACACACACACUCCGUCUCAAAGUUUGGACUGCUGUCAAAGCGAACUUCUCCGCGUAUUUUAGGUAUGCCUGUGGUCAUCAGCGUGUCUCCGGACAGGUAACCAGGUGUGUUGCUGCUGUCAUGGCCUUGCCAACCCUGCUGCGGCUGUUUCCUGUCACUGUGCUCACAGUCCUGGUGGCACUGGUGUCAUCUUCAGAGGACCAUGAGUGGCACUUCAACCCAGCUCAGUGUCGUUACGCCCUGGGGAUGGAGGAUGGCACCAUCCCAGACUCUGACAUCACAGCCUCCAGCUCCUGGUCUGACUCUACAGAGGCCAAACAUGGAAGGUUGAGCACUGGAGAGGGGGAUGGAGCGUGGUGUCCUGCAGGAGCUGUAUUCCCCAGUGGAUCAGAAUAUCUUCAGGUAGACCUGCACAAACUCCACUUCCUGGCUCUGGUCGGUACCCAGGGUCGUCAUGCCGAUGGGCAUGGCCAGGAGUUUGCUCGCAGUUAUCGGCUCCGCUAUUCCCGGGACGGAGUGAAAUGGAUCACCUGGAAGGACCGCUGGGGCCAGGAAGUGGUGUCAGGGAAUGAGAACACCUAUGACGUUGUGCUGAAAGACCUGGGCCCUCCCAUUGUGGCCCGCAUGGUGCGCUUCUACCCCCUGGCUGACCGGGUGAUGAGCGUCUGCCUUCGCGUGGAGCUCUACGGUUGUUUAUGGAACGAUGGGUUGAAGGCCUACACAGCUCCAGUUGGCAACGUCAUGCAGCUGCCUGGCAUGCCCGUCUAUCUGAACGACUCCACCUACGAUGGCAGCACAGAGCAAGGGAUGCAGUUUGGAGGCCUGGGUCAGCUGUGCGACGGCGUCCUGGGAGGAGACGACUUCAUCCAAACAAAGGAGCUAAGGGUGUGGCCCGGGUACGACUACCUCGGCUGGAGCCGGGAAGCCCUUGGGCAAGGCAGCGUGGAUAUCGAGUUCCACUUUGAGAAGCCGCGCGUCUUCCACAACAUGCAGGUGCACAGUAACAACCGCCACACCCAGGGAGUGCGAGUAUUCAACAAGGUGGAGUGUCUCUUCAAGCCCGGCAUCCUCCAGCCCUGGUCCUCCCCUCUCACUCUGCCCGUGCCCCUCGAGGAUCUAAAAGACCCCUCCUCCCGGCCCAUCUCCCUCCCACUGGGCGGCCGGCCGGCGCAGAUCCUCCGCUGCAAAUUCUACUUCGCUGACCGCUGGCUGCUCAUCAGCGAGAUAUCUUUCCUCUCUGAGCCGUAUGAGGAGGAUGUCACAGACAGUGAUUCAUUGGGUCCUAAUCGUCCCGGGAUUCCUGACACCAAUACCACUCUUCCCCCCGUUUACGACAUCUCCUCCUCUCCCACUUCGAACCGCAGCUCCUCCAACACCACCCCCAGCCCUUCUGAACCCCCCAUCACCACCACCUCCUUCAUGACGGACACCACUGGUAACUGGACGCUGUCAGAUCCAGAAUUUAACGCGAACACUCCGAGGGCGGGGCUUCCCGUAGCCAAAGAUGAUAGCAGUAAUACAGCUAUUCUGAUUGGCUGCCUGGUGGGCAUCAUCCUGCUGCUGCUGGCCGUGAUAGCUGUCAUCCUGUGGAGGCAGUACUGGAAAAAGAUUCUGGGCAAGGCCCAGGGUAGUCUGUCCAGUGAUGAGCUGCGGGUUCACCUGUCAGUCCCCUCGGACAACGUGGUCAUCAACAACACACACAGCUACUCCAGCCGCUACCAGCGCAUCCACACCUUCCCCGAUGACCGCGACCAUGACAGAGAGGGAGAGGGAGAGUACCAGGAGCCCAGUGCUCUGCUACGGCCACGGGAUCACAGAGACAGCACAGCCUUGCUGUUAAACAACCCAGCCUAUCACCUGCUCCUGUCAGAUCACAGAAAAGGCUCGAGACCCCGAGUCGUCCCCAGCACCGCUCAGGCUCAGGAAAAGAGCCUCAAUGUGCCCCAGGCCUGUGGUUUGGACAUGGACAUGGAGAAGGGUUUCCCCCCGACUCAGGAGGAGCCUCCUCCCUACCCCGGCUCCCCUCCUUACCCUUCCCUGUCUCCCCCCGUGUCCCCCCCGCUGCCUCCCAGUGUCCCUCAUUACGCUGAGGCAGACAUCGUGAGCCUGCAGGGUGUCAGCGGGAACAACACCUACGCCGUGCCCGCCCUGGCCCCCUCCAGCCCAGGGGCCGAUGCCGGCCCGCUGCCGGAGCUGCCGCGCCAAUGCCUCAUCUUCAAGGAAAAACUGGGAGAGGGACAGUUCGGAGAGGUGCACCUGUGUGAAAUCGAGAGCCCUCAGGACCUGCCCAACUUGGAGUUCCCCUUCAAUGUGAGAAAAGGUCGCCCUCUCCUGGUGGCAGUGAAGAUACUGCGCCCGGACGCCUCCAAGAACGCCAGGAAUGAUUUCCUGAAAGAGGUGAAGAUCCUGUCUCGCCUGAAGGAUCCGAACAUCAUCCGUCUGCUAGGAGUGUGUGUGAGCAGCGAUCCCCUCUGUAUGGUCACUGAGUACAUGGAAUGUGGAGAUUUGAACCAGUAUCUGUCCCACCGAGUGCUUCUGGACAAGACAGGGCCGUCACACAAUACCCCGACCAUCAGUUACCCGGCCCUCAUCUCCAUGGCGAGCCAGAUCGCGUCAGGGAUGAAGUUUCUCUCCUCCCUCAACUUCGUGCACCGGGAUCUAGCCACCAGAAACUGUCUGGUCGGGGGUGAGAGGGGCGAGAGCGAAGACGAUCGGGGCGGCGAGCGUCACAUCAAGAUAGCCGACUUUGGCAUGAGCCGGAACUUGUAUGCUGGAGAUUACUACAGGAUCCAGGGCAGAGCUGUGCUGCCCAUCCGCUGGAUGGCCUGGGAGUGCAUCCUCAUGGGUAAGUUCACCACAGCCAGUGAUGUGUGGGCAUUCGGGGUCACUCUGUGGGAGAUGCUGAGCGUUUGUCAAGAGCAACCAUACUCCAACCUCACAGACGAGCAGGUCAUCGACAACGCCGGGGAGUUCUUCAGAGACCAGGGCAGACAGGUGUAUCUGAGCAAACCAGCUGUGUGUCCUCAGGGCCUCUAUGAGCUCAUGUUGAGUUGCUGGAACAGAGACUGCAAGCUCCGCCCGUCCUUCGCCUACAUCCACUCCUUUCUUACCGAGGACGCCAUGAACAUGGUGUAGAGAGAGAGCGAGAGAGUCGAAGAAACACAACGAGGAGAAAGGCAACGAGGCUAAUGGGGGGAAACGGCUACGUUUAUGCAUCCUUGCUACAGUGGGAAGGUGUGGUGGAGGUGCUGCACAGCAGAGGCAGAUGAGAAGGGAGAGUGGGUUACUCGCUUUUUGUAUUUGUACUUUAUUUGGGUGGACGGGGCUGAGACACCGCUGGUUCGGUUUACUUUCACAUCAGACCCCGAUGCCAGAGGCUAACCUAUCCCCAGCUUUAGACGAGGUUAACAGUUGGAGCUGCAUUUUACAGUGGAUGGUGGUGGGUGCAGUCUGCAUAGGAACUUUUUCUCUUCUCAGAUACUUGAUUGAGUGCUGUAGAGUUAAUGACACGGGAGGCUGCAGAGAUUAAAUGACAGAAAAUACACAAUAACCAUAGUAAGCUAGGAAAUGAACAAUUCUUAGGUUUCUUGACUUUCGUUUCUUCAGUGUCUCAAAUACUAUGUCCGGGUUAACAGGUGAAGGUGCUCACGCUCAGACAUGAAAGUGCACACAGGGAUUGUCUUAGUAUUUAUAGUAUGUAUGACCUACUGUACACAUUUCAAAGGUCCCAUAUAAUGCUCAUUUUCUCACAUUUGUCUGGCGCUGUCCAGUGCUGCAGCGCUUCUAUUCACCCUCUGUCUGAGCACUCCAUAUUAGUACCUGUCUCUUUAAUGCCCCUCCCCCGGAAAAGCCUAGUCUGAUGUGAUUAGUCAGCUAUUACAGGCCUGAGCAGGAACCGCCCACCGUGUCUCAGCAUCAGCUCUGUUGGCAUUUUGCCAUGACAUCAGUGCUGAGGGGCGUUGACUGUAUUGUUAUGACAGCACAACAUUAUGGAAGUCCUGGCGGCUCAUUAGAGACUGUUUAUGAGUACAGGCUGGUUAAUUUCUCCAUGUAUUUAGCAUUUUAAUACUUUUACAGUAUUUAGAUAGCACCUAGACCUGCUUUAAAAAAGACAUGGUAAUCUCCUUUUCUACAAUAUGGGACCUUUUAAUAAAUCUACUUCAAUUGGAGUAUUACAAGCUUUAGCACCUUUUGCCCAUCUGGAGCAAAAAUGAUGAUCCUCUAAAUGUUUAUGAGGAUUCAACUUUCAGGCUAGAAGAUGACCGUUAAGAGAAUCUUGCUGUGUUUACUGACCCUUCGUUAAUCCACAAUCUCAACCCCAAUAUCUUAGUGCCCCACAUCCACAGCUGUAACUCAAAGUUAUUGUGGACUUGUGAAAUGAUGUGGACCAGACAAAAGCUCUCAACCACCAACCUCCCAUUGUUGUCAAAAGGCCCCAAGCAGUUUAUGGACCCCAUCUGUGAGACACACGCAUAGAGGAACUGCAUCCCUGGUGCCAGAUGGACUUCUCAAACCUGAGGAAACAGGCCUAGAAGGGGAGGGUCUGCUGCUGCCGAUGAAACUGGAACGGCUUCUCCGAGCAGAGAGACAAUACUGCCAGCCGGGGCGGCGGACGGCUCGUCUUUAGAUGCGCCUGCUCAGGUGUUUCGGCGAUUGUUUUGUAUCUGGCUGCGAUCCAGACAAAGAGGAUAAAUGUAGAAUUCCACAACCAGCUGCACUUUAAAUCCCACAUGCAUAUCCCAGGCCACCAUGAAACUCUUCUCCGUGAGGCGCCUGAUAUGAUUCCUGUCGAUGUGGACUCAGUUGCAUAUUAGUUGCAGUGAUUUCAGAGAUUUGCCAAGGGAGAUCGAAAAAUUCGGGACAGUCUGUCUGCCUUAUAAAAUCCUCUCCCACAGGGCAUUGUCACACUAUCGGAUGUAAAAUAUUAUUUUAAAAAAAUGGAAUGGCACCAUCAGUUCAUCUCAUUUAAUAUGUAUGACAACCUUUUUCCUUUGUUCUGAAACUAUCAGUGUCUUGAGAACAAUCUGUCGUUCCCCCGCCCCCGAAUGCAUUACUGUAUUUUCAGGACACACGGUCAUGGCAUUGUCCAAACAGGGAAUGCUUGGAGUCUUGAUUUUAGUGUGAAUGUCAACAUCGACCUCUGCAUCAUCCCAAGUUAGUACAUUAAGCUGACCAUAGUAAAAUCAAGGCAUCUACCAUACUGAUUGUAUAGCACUGUAAAUCAGUCCUGGGGUGAUCAAGAUUAUUAAGUAAUACAUGUUUACUGUGCCAUUUGAGUAAUUUUUGAUACACUGUAGUUCAGCUAAACCCAUAUUUUUAUAUAUACUGUAUGUACUUAGACACUCCUUGGUGUCUCAUUUUGUCCUAUUGUGUCUUUGAAGUUGAGCAUAAUAGUAUGUACAUAUUCUAGGGACAGAAUUGUAAUUUCCUUUACUAAUAUAUGGAAAACUCUUUGUUACAUUUGGGGUCUUCUAUAUCUCUGUAGAAUGCUUGCUACCUUGAUGCCAUUGUAAUUCAUUGUUGUCUAUUUUUGUAGAUGUUUUAAUAAAGUUAACCUUUUCAAAUAAAUCGAGAUGUGAUCUGGG